AUAAACAUUUGUCCAAAAUUAAGCAGCAAACCAAGGAGAACGGAAAAAAAAAAAACUCAGAGAGGCAAAAGUCCGAAUCCAGUUUGGCAUUUAUACUUCCCGGCGGCAAAAAAUCCAAAAGGGUUUGCUUCUUCGUACUCUGCUUCAGUUUCAAUUGGUUGUGUAAUAAUCAAGUGCAAUUCUAUCUGUUGCAUCAGUGAAUUUUUAGGUUUGUGAAUUUUGGAGUGAUGAGUGGUGUUCCAAAGAGAUCUCACGAAGAGGGUGUUACUCAUCCAUCUUCUUCUUCUUCAGCACCAAAAUACCCUCACGAGGAUUCUGGAUCUUACCCUAAAUCGCCGCAUCAGCCUGUUACGCCACCACCGGCUCAGGUUCAUCAUCACCAUCAACAACAACCCCAUCAGCAUCCCCAAUCUCAAUCUCAACCUCAACCUCAACCUCAACCUCACCUCCACACGCUUCCUCAUCCCCACUCUCAUUCACCACUUGCUGCUGCUUCUGCUUCUGCUGCUUAUGAGGUUGAAUCUAGAACGGUGGUUAAGGUUGCGAGAAGUGAGCCUAGAGAUGGAGAGAGACGCUCUCCUCUCCCUCUUGUCUAUCGGUCUCCGUCCCUGCCCACUACUGUUUCUUCUAGUGAUCCUCAUUUGACUCACGCCCCUGUGCCCAUGGAACCGAGAGAAGGUACUAAGGAUGGCAGGGAAAUUAGGGUUGAGAACAGAGAAAAUAGGAGUGAUGGAAGGGAGAUUUAUGGUGAGACAAAGAGAGAGAUUCAGGGUCCUAAGAGUGACAGAGAUGUGAAGUUUGAUAGAUCAGUAGACGACUUUAGCGGAAAAGGUAAUACCGGAAGCUAUUCUAGGAAUGAUGGGAGAGAGAUGUAUGGUGAGACGAAGAGGGAGAUUCAGGGUCCUAAGAGUGACAGGGAUGCCAAGUUUGAGCGUCCAGGGGAUGAUUUUAGCGGAAAAAGUAAUACCGGUAGCUAUACGAGGGAUACGAAAUUUGAUAGGGAGAAUCAGAAUUAUAAUGAACAAAAGGCGGAGAUUAAGAUGGAAAAGGACGGGCAUGCUCACUUGGCUUGGAAAGAGCAGAAGGAUUACCCUAGAGGCAAGAGAGUUGCUGAAGGUUCGACUGCAAAUGUGGAUCCGUGGGUUGUAUCCCGCGGUAAUCCGCAAGGCCCAACUGAGGUUGAGCCUAAAGAUCUCUCCGCGCCAGUGGAGGGGCCCCAUUUAGAAGGACGUGAAACCGUCGGAGAAAACAAGGUUGAUGCAAAAAAUGAAGAUAGAUUUAAGGACAAAGAUAAGAAAAGAAAAGAGUUAAAGCAUCGAGAAUGGGGGGACCGAGAUAAGGAUAGAAAUGACCGUCGAGGAUCCGUGCUUAUUGGUAGUGUCAUGAGUGAACCCAAAGAGAUUGGAAGAGACGAAAGAGAAUCCGAUAGGUGGGAACGGGAGAGGAUGGAGCAGAAAGAUCGAGAAAGGAAUAAAGAGAAAGAUAAAGAUCAUAUCAAAAGAGAGCCAAGGACUGGUGCUGAGAAAGAGAUCUCACAGAACGAGAAAGAGUUGGGAGAAGCAUCUGCCAAACCAUCAGAGCAGGAAUAUGUGGCACCAGAGCAGAAGAAGCAGAACGAACCGGAUAAUUGGGAAAAAGACGAAAGAGAAUCAAAGGAAAAAAGGAGAGAGAGGGAUGGUGAUUCAGAGGCAGAAAGAGCUGAAAAGCGCAGCAGAAUCAGUGAAAAAGAAUCUGAAGAUGGGUGUUUGGAGGGUGAAGGAGCUACUGAGAGGGAAAAGGAUGCCUUCAAUUAUGGAGUUCAGCAGCGGAAGAGAGCGCUGAGACCGAGAGGCAGCCCACAAACCACAAACCGCGACCAUGUCCUCUCACGGAGUCAGGACAACGAUGGAGUACAAGGUAAUCAUUCAUUUCUAUAUUCUCAAGAAAGGAUGGAGUUGCACUGCUUGGAGAACAAUAGCAAGUCAGAGGUGUCGAUUGUUGUUUACAAAGUUGGCGAAUGUAUGCAAGAACUGAUUAAAUUGUGGAAAGAAUAUGAUUUGUCUCAUCCUGAUAAAAGCGGUGAUUUUGCAAAUAAUGGCCCCACUCUUGAAGUUAGGAUUCCAGCUGAGCAUGUUACUGCUACAAAUCGCCAAGUAAGAGGUGGCCAGCUAUGGGGAACAGAUAUAUACACAGACGAUUCCGAUCUUGUUGCUGUUCUCAUGCAUACAGGUUACUGUCGUCCCACAGCUUCUCCUCCUCCACCGACAAUGCAAGAGCUGCGCACUACUAUUAGAGUCUUGCCGUCACAAGAUUACUACACCUCCAAGCUAAGGAAUAAUGUCCGUUCUCGAGCAUGGGGAGCUGGAAUCGGAUGCAGUUACAGAGUUGAGCGGUGCUAUAUACUGAAGAAAGGAGGUGGGACUAUUGAACUGGAACCUUCUCUUACACACUCCUCAACUGUGGAGCCAACACUUGCACCAAUGGCUGUUGAAAGAUCUAUGACCACCAGGGCUGCAGCUUCGAAUGCUCUGCGGCAACAAAGGUUUGUACGAGAAGUCACAAUACAAUACAAUCUCUGCAAUGAACCUUGGAUCAAAUAUAGCAUAAGCAUUGUUGCUGAUAAAGGUCUCAAGAAGCCUCUUUUCACCUCUGCCCGCUUGAAGAAAGGAGAAGUUUUGUACUUAGAAACUCAUUCAUGCAGGUAUGAGCUCUGUUUCGCUGGAGAGAAAACCAUCAAAGCAAUCCAAGCGUCUCAACAACAAUCAUCACAUGAAGCUAUGGAGACAGAUAAUAAUAAUAACAAGUCACAGAACCAUCUGACAAACGGUGACAAAACAGAUUCAGACAACAGUUUAAUCGAUGUUUUCCGUUGGUCACGCUGUAAGAAACCUCUCCCGCAGAAGCUUAUGCGGUCUAUCGGGAUUCCACUCCCAGCAGAUCAUAUCGAGGUGUUGGAGGAGAAUCUUGAUUGGGAAGAUGUACAGUGGUCACAAACUGGUGUUUGGAUUGCUGGAAAAGAGUACACACUUGCUCGUGUUCAUUUUCUCUCGCCCAACUAAAAAAAACCUUUCAUGCUUUGCUUUUUUCUCACAAAACUUUUUAUAUUUUAUUUAUGAUUAGAGACUACAGUUACUUUGGCAUGUCUUGUCUUGUGUUCUUCUUCCUUGUAACAUUUAUUUUAAGUUAAAUGUUUAAUUGUUAAUUUGGUGGUA